GAGAUGAUUCCCAGCAAGAAGAACGCUGUUCUUGUGGAUGGGGUUGUACUGAAUGGUCCCACAACAGAUGCAAGAGCAGGAGAAAAGUUUGUUGAAGAGGCCUGUAGGCUAAUCAUGGAAGAGGUGGUUUUGAAGGCUACAGAUGUCAGCGAGAAGGUUUGUGAGUGGCGGCCCCCUGAACAACUGAAACAACUUCUUGAUUUGGAGUUGAGGGACACGGGAGAGCCACACCACAGGCUGCUGGAGCUCUGCCAGGAUGUCAUACGCUACAGCGUCAAAACUAACCAUCCGCGAUUUUUCAACCAGUUGUAUGCUGGACUUGAUUAUUACUCCUUGGUGGCCCGAUUUAUGACAGAAGCAUUAAACCCAAGUGUUUAUACGUAUGAGGUGUCCCCAGUGUUUCUGUUAGUGGAAGAAGCGGUUCUGAAGAAAAUGAUUGAAUUUAUUGGCUGGAAAGAAGGGGAUGGAAUAUUUAACCCAGGUGGUUCAGUGUCCAAUAUGUACGCAAUGAAUUUAGCUAGAUACAAAUAUUGUCCUGAUAUUAAGGAAAAGGGGCUGUCUGGGUUGCCAAGAUUAAUCCUUUUCACAUCUGCCGAGUGUCAUUACUCUAUGAAGAAAGCAGCCUCCUUUCUUGGGAUUGGUACAGAGAAUGUUUGCUUUGUGGAAACAGAUGGAAGAGGUAAAAUGAUACCUGCGGAACUGGAGAAGCAAAUUUGGCAAGCCAGCAAAGAGGGAGCAGCUCCGUUUCUCGUCUGUGCCACGUCUGGUACAACUGUGUUGGGAGCCUUUGAUCCCCUGGAUGAAAUAGCAGACAUCUGUGAGAGGCAUGGCCUCUGGCUCCACGUGGACGCUUCUUGGGGUGGCUCGGCCUUGAUGUCCAGGAAGCACCGCCAGCUUCUGCACGGGAUCCACAGAGCUGACUCCGUGGCCUGGAACCCCCACAAGAUGCUGAUGGCUGGAAUUCAGUGCUGCGCUCUCCUCGUAAAAGACAAAUCUGAACUUCUUAAGAAAUGCUACUCUGCCAAGGCAUCUUACCUCUUCCAGCAGGAUAAAUUCUAUGAUGUCAGCUACGACACAGGAGACAAGUCCAUCCAAUGCAGCAGGAGACCAGAUGCAUUCAAGUUCUGGAUGACUUGGAAGGCCCUGGGCACAUUAGGCCUUGAAGAAAGAGUUAAUCGUGCACUCGCUUUAUCUAGGUACCUGGUAGAAGAAAUCAAGAAAAGAGAAGGAUUCAAAUUAUUGCUGGAACCUGAAUAUGCCAAUAUUUGCUUUUGGUACAUUCCACCGAGCCUUAGAGAGAUGGAAGAAGGACCUGAAUUCUGGGCAAAACUUAAUUUGGUGGCCCCAACCAUUAAGGAGCGGAUGAUGAAGAAAGGGAGCCUGAUGCUGGGCUACCAGCCCCACCGGGGGAAGGUCAACUUCUUCCGCCAGGUGGUGAUCAGCCCUCAAGUGAGCCGGGAGGACAUGGACUUCCUCCUGGAUGAGAUAGACCGACUGGGGAGAGACAUGUAGCUGUGGAUUUGGUUCCCCAGAGGCAUGGGUCCUGUCCUGGGGAGGCUUCCAGAUCCAGGGCAUCUGGGGACACAGCAGACACUGCAGCCCUUCUGGGGAGAAAUAGGAAAGACGCCCUGGCCUGGCGUGGCCAAACGGAAAUGCUAAGCAACUAGUGGGAAGGACUCUUUAGCUGCUUGGACACUACUGUCGCUGUAAAGGAGGAAGUGAAAAGGGGAUUUUCUCAAGACCUGUCUUUAGGACACAGCCUUGAAGAGAGUUUAGUAAGUACCACGUAGGGCCUGCGUUCUAAGCUUCCAUUGCUCUUUAAAGAACAUAUAAAUUAAUAGUUGACAACAGUGGCUCUCAAAAUGGUGGUCCCUAGACGAGCAGCAUCAACAUUGCCUGGGAACUCGUUAAAAAUACGGAUUCUCAGCCCCGCCCCGGACCUACCAUAUCAGACACUCUGGGUGCGCAACUCAACAUAUUUUAAAUGGCUUUCCAGAAGGUUCUGAGGCAAGGUAAAAAUCUGAGAACCAGUGGUUUAGAAACCUUCUAAAGACUGAAUAAUAACAACAAUAAUAAUUUUUCCAGCAAAGAGAUACCUAAUAUUUCAGCGACCUGAGCCAGUGUCUGAAGAUACGGCUGUGGCAUCUGUAGCACUAAUAUUUAGGGGUAUCAGAAGUACAUCAAAACUAUGUUUAAAGGGAGAGACUAUUAAAGAUGUUUACUUUAUAAAGAUAUAUCUUUUAUGCAGCUGAAUGUUUAUUCUCAAAAGCUAAAAUUGACCAUUAUCUAUUCUAAAUUACUUAAAUUAGAAGUAAGGAUAAAGACAAACGCUUUGUAGGAUGGCCCUUUCAA